AUGCCCCCAGGGACGACUAGAUUCAUCCAGCCUAGGUCAAGGUCAAAGUCAAGAACUUCAACCUAUUUCCCCCGGCUGCUUGUCGCAUAUCUGGUGGUUGCAGCCGGAAGCGUACCCACAACUGUAGCUGCAAGCUCCUCUUCGACCGUUCAUAGCCUGCUCCUGUUCACCGCGACGGCAGGCUAUCGGCAUGACUCGAUCCCGACCGCGAUUGAAGUGAUCACCGCGCUGGGAGAUGUUACCCUACGGCCUACGUCCGUCGACGAGUCUGUCAAGGACGUGCGCUGGACCACGACACAUACGGAAGAUGGCAGCUUGUUCGAGCAAGAGGAUUGGCUGAGGCAGUUUAGCGCCAUCGUAUUUGUGCAUACCACCGAUGUGGACCCGCCUGGCGUCGGAACAGUCCUGUCUGAUGUCGGCGCUCGCAAUCUCGGCCAAUACAUCAAGCAAGGAGGAAAUUUCUGCGGAAUCCACUCGGCUGCCAACACCCUCUAUGCAUAUCCGUGGUACGGCCGCACAGUCGGAACCUUUUUCAGCUAUCACGCAGCCCUGCAGAAUGCUAGCAUCGAACGCUUGACCACAACUUUCCCGGCAACGUCCACCUUGCCAAAGAUGCUGAACUUGACCGAAGAGAUCUACUCGUUCCGUUCGGAUCCGCGACAGCUGCCCUCGUCAGCUACUGUGCUGCUAACUCCGGUAGCGGGCUCGUACUCAGACACGGGCAAAGCGCCAUACCAGGGAACGCCGCACCCGCUCGCAUGGUACCGUGAGGGGGAUUUGCUGGCCGACAUCUCCGAUGGAGAUGACGCACGCGGCCCCGUCAUCCCUGCUUCUGCGAACCUGUCAGGUGGCGACAAUGCCUUGCGGAGUGGUGGCGGCGGGAGGAGCUUCUAUACGAGCUUGGGACACACCAACGAGACAUGGCGCACGGAUGAGUUCCAAGCGCAUAUAUUUGGUGGUAUUGCAUGGGCGAUGGCGCUUUCGUGA